GACUGCUGUAAAACGGAAAUAUCCCAGAGUUCAUAGUGGCUGUGGUGGCUUCGGAAUGUAAACUGCUAGAUAGCCAGCUAGCUAGAAUCGGCACAACUAUACAUAUUAGACAGGCGAGCAGCUAAUUGUUUAGUCGGAAGCUCUCGAAUAAAUUAGCCACAGAAAGAUUUUCUGCAAGACUGUAAAACUCUGCGUAAUGGCUCAUUACCAAUACAUCCAUCUUAGCUUCUUCAUCAUAGGUGACAUCAGUAGCAAGAGCUAACUAGGUAGGCUAGCUUACGUUAUCUGGCGUAUUUUCUGCCACUGUGGCAAGGGACCAUUGAGCGUGGCUAGGUAGGUAGGCUAUGUUAACAAACGACCAGUUUAGGAGGAUGCGUUUCCGUACUGGUGGAACGUAUCAUUUUUAAAAACGGCUACACGUAUUUUCCACGUAUCUGUAUAUACAUUGUUGUCGAAUGUUGUUUACUUAAACUAUCUGACUACAAGGCUGUUGAAUUUCAGCUUUCUAAAAGACUGCUAAGCUUAGCUGGUUGUGAAAGUUUGUCCACGAAGCUAGGUAUCUGAUAGCUAGCUCACUGUCCGCAGAUCUUAUAACACAAAUAUUAAUCAACCGGUUAAGUUAAUCAUCUGGUCUACGUUGAUUAUUAAUAUUGACUGCCGUGUUAAUGUGAUAUAUUCAGUUUACGUUACUUGUCAGGAUUAUUCCAGCUGCAUAGCGCUCUUACAUUUGAAUUUGCAGUGCACUAACUAAACAAGUAACGUCAGUACAACUUCUGCAUUGCUGUUUGGAUUAGCUUUUUAGAUCGUCAACGUUAGCUAUAGAUUGCUAUACCGAACGCAAUAAUGGAUGAUUUCAGCUCAAUAAGUCUGCUGUCAUUGGCAAUGUUAGUGGGGUGUUAUGUUGCCGGAACCAUUCCGUUGGCUGUUAAUUUCUCUGAGGAAAAAUUGAAGCUAGUGACGGUCCUGGGAGCAGGCCUGUUAUGUGGGACUGCACUUGCUGUCAUCAUCCCAGAGGGAGUCCACGCACUCUAUGAGGAAGUUCUGGAGGCCGGGCAUCAUGGGCACGGGCAACUGGAGUCAGGGGUGUCAGAGCCCAAGGUGGCAGUGGAGCCGGUUGCGGGCUCUAGUGGUGAGCAUGGGCAUGAGCAGCUGCAUGCCUAUAUCGGUGUCUCCCUGGUCCUGGGCUUUGUCUUCAUGCUGUUGGUGGACCAGAUUGGUACCUCACACUUGCAUAGCAGCAGCAGUAGUGAUGAUCCUGAGUCUGCAAGAAUAGCCAGCUCAAAGAUCACCACCACUCUGGGUCUUGUAGUCCAUGCUGCAGCUGAUGGGGUGGCUCUGGGUGCUGCUGCCUCCACGUCUCAGACCAGCGUUCAGCUCAUUGUGUUUGUGGCCAUUAUGCUGCACAAGGCUCCGGCUGCGUUUGGCCUUGUCUCUUUCCUGAUGCAUGCAGGCCUGGAGAGGAAUCGCAUUCGCAAGCACCUGCUGGUAUUUGCCUUGGCAGCACCAGCCCUAGCUAUGCUCACGUUUCUGGGCCUCAGCCAGAGCAGUAAAGAGGCCUUGUCAGAUGUGAAUGCCACGGGAGUAGCCAUGCUGUUCUCCGCUGGCACCUUCCUCUAUGUGGCCACUGUACACGUCCUGCCAGAGGUGGGCGGUACAGGCCACAGCCACGGGUCCAGUGCAGGGAAUAACGGGAAAGGACUAAGUAAAGUGGAGGUAGGCGCCCUGGUGCUGGGAUGCCUCAUUCCCUUGGUCCUGUCCAUUGGACAUCAGCACUAGACGGGGCAUCAGAUCAGCCAGAUGGGAAGAGCUGGGCGAUGGAUGGAUGGAUGGAUGGAUGGAUGGAUGGAUGUAGAGGUCUGGAAAGGAGGAAAAGAGAAAGACUGAGAGUUUCAGUGUUUAAGGCCAUACACACUUCUCAUGUUGCCAUUUCGGGGACCUGUGGAUGGAUACGUCGUUCCUGGAAUCAAGUCACUUUGACCAAACUGAGUAAAGAAGAUGAGGAGGUAGAAGGAAAGGGAUGGGGUCCACUUGGUCUCCCAUGGUACAGACCCCUUCACCAUGGUAUAGACCUCCCCCCUAAGAGGUCAUCCCUCUCCUGUGCAUGAAAUGUGAACAUGCUGUGUGGUUGAAUGCUGACGUGCUCCAUUUCAUUUUUUGUUUCUUAGGCCUUUUUUUCUGGGUGAAGGGGGGGGUUUGUAGUUUAACUUUGUCAACAAUGUAAUUGGGUAUAUGGAAAUGUUGUCUUUGCAUCAGAGAUAAGUCAAUGGACUCUGGUCAGGGGUUAAACAAAGUGCAGUGAGCAGUCAAGGAGCCAACAUGGGUCCAAACAUCACAUCAAUGUUUGCUUUACAGAACAAUCACAAAUGUCUUGCUUUUAAACACUUUUAAGGUAUUUUCUGCCCUGCACCUUCAUUUUAGUCACACUGACUACUGGACCAUAAAAAAAUAAAAAAGUACAGCGGUGAAGAAUUGGCCAGAACCACAGCUCAAUCUUUUAAUGAAGAGGCCUACAAUACAACAUGUAAAAUAAGAUGAUUAUGCCUGGUGAUGUUCUCGAGGCAAACUGACAUUUCUUUCUAUGUUCUGAUUAGACCUGAGGAAAGGCCUCUCUGGUUUUCUGGAAAGUAGAUCAGUUAGGCAGAUAUGGUUGUUCUCAUUAAAGUCACAUCGAGUGGCUGACAAAUGAUGUGCUUAUCACGAGGGAGACUGAAUUAGACUUGUAGAUUGACAGAUCUACUGUUAAUGUGAGCUGGUCCUUGAUGAACACUGCUUAGUAUGUCUUAUAUUUAAUUCAGAACUCCCAUCCCUCAAACGACACUAAAUCAGUCACCAUCUAUAACUGAUUGCCUUUUCCAACAGACUUGCACUCUGUCUCCUAGAGCUAGUUGCCGGCAUCUUCACCUGCAUUAAAGCUGCUGUAAGAUAUGUUAACUAUUUUUGGUGACGUCUACCAGGCUUAGCCAGUACAGGAUGGCGCACCUCCCUAUCCUGUGCUGUGCACAGUCAGAAUAAUUGCCAGGUAGGGGUGCCCAUCCUAAUUAGUUUUGCGGUUAAUUAAUCCAUCUUGACUGUGUUAUGAUUGUUAUGUUUUGCUGAACAUGAAGCCCAUCAGAGCUUUUAUCAGCGCAUACGUUUGAGUGAUGGUCAUCAUAUUGUAAAGAUGGCUUAUGUAUUGUACAAAAUGAUUCCUUACAGCAGCUUUAAGGUAAACCAUAUAAUAUGUUUUGGUCAAAUGGAAGGUAGGAAAAGUUUUCCCUUGCUCGCGUGCUGGGUUUAUGUGUCCGCAUACCUUUGAUUACAGCUUGAGCAAAGCAGUUGUUUACAGUGGUGCUUGAAAGUUUGUGAACCCUUUACAAUUUUCUAUAUUUCAGCAUAAAUAUUACCAAAAACUUCAGAUUUUCAUACAAGUCCUAAAAGUAGAUUACGACAACCCAAUUUAACCAAUGAGACAGAAGUAUUGUACUUGGUCAUUUAUUUAUUUAUUGAGGAAAAUGAUCUAAUAUUACUUCUCUGUGAAUGGCAAACGUAUGUGGACCUCUAGGAUUGGCUUUUAUUUUGAAGAUUAAAUUAAUUAAAGUCGAGUGUUUUUAAUCAAUGGGGUGACAAUCAGGUGUGAGUGGGUGCCCUGUUUUAUGAAUGGAUCGAUCAAAGUCUGAUCUUCACAAGAAGUAGUUGCUGAAAAAGGUUACAGAACAAUCUCAAGAAUUUGGACUCCACCAGUCCACAGUCAGGCAGAUCGUGUGGAGGAACAGACCUACAAAUGGAGGGAAUUCAAUCCCAUCUGUGAAACGUGCUGUCAUGUUUUGAGCUGCAUCUGGGCCAGGCCUGUUUGCCAUCAUUGAUGUUUUGAGUUUUGAGUUAUACCAGCUAAUUUGGAAGGAAAAUGUCCAGACCCCUGUCCAUGAACUGAAUGUCCAGAGAAUGUGGUCAAGCAGCAAAACGACCCAAGCACAGAAGUUGGUAUUGCUGCUUGAGGGGGUCACGCCAGAUACUCAAAGCAAAGGUUCACAUACUUUUGCCACUCAGAUAUGUAAUAUUGGCUCACUAAAUCGCCAACGUUUAUUUUUUAUAAAAUAGAAAAUGACCAAGUAUAAUAUUUUUGUCUUAUUUGUUUAAUUGGGCUCUCUUUAUCUACUUUAAGGACUUGUGUGGAAAUCUGAUGUUAUAGGUCAUAUUUAUGAAGAAAUAUAGAACAUUCUAAAGGGUUCCUAAACUUACAAGCACCACUAGAUAUGUAAUAUCGAAUACUGUACAAAAUAGAAUUUUGUUUUGUUCACAUGACCAGAUGCUCACAGUUGGAGACGGUACCACUCUUCUUAAAUGUUGAACAGAAAAAAAUGAAGUGCUAGACCUAAAGUGAACGUAGCACUUUCUCAGUCACAGAGAUCCCAGGGUGUUCCGUUGUUGGUUCUAAGGUUUAAAUGCUGGUGUUGUCUACUUCUACACAGAACUCUCCAUUUACCCAUAGACACACACAUUCACGUUUUGUGGAUUCAGGUGAAAGUGUGCCUCCAUUAUUUGACGAUGCAUCGGACAUUGAUGGAGUAAAGGACACAGAAUGGAUCAUUUCCAUGAAUCUGCUACCAUAGGUGUUGGAGUCUUGUCCUCUGAACGGCCUUGGCGUUGUAGCCCCAUCUUCUGGCUGUUUGAGAGAAAAGCAUGGCUUCCUCUGCUGUCUCUAGAGGCCCCUAGAAGCACUCAUCUGUGUUUGGGACUUGGGUGGUAAAAGAUACAGUGGUGGGAUCAGCAAACAACAAUGCUUUGUGUGUUCCAUUACCUGUAGAUAAUCUAUAUUUUAAUUUUAAUUUUAAUUUUUUAAAGAGAAUAUCUGUGUUUUAAAGGGAAUUACCCUAUUUGGAGAUUGAAUGCUGGUGGGGAGGAACGGUUUGGCUUACUGUCAAGCCAACAGCGUUAUGUGAUCAUUCCACAGGGAGUCUGCCUUAUUUCUUUUUCUUGAUUGUGCAACUUCAAACAGCUGAAAUCCUUUGUGUUAAUGAUAUAAAUAAAGUUUUUUUAAGGUUCUGUAAGGAA